ACCUACCUGAUGUGGGGAGAGGAGGAGUAUGCUAGAAAAGCCUUCUUCAACAGACUGAGGAUGUUACUUCGCAGUUCGACCAGAGAUGCAGGGAACAGGCGGCUAUCGGUUUAGUUGACAGACAAUAAGGUUGUCAGGUGCAAAGGGCAAGAUGAAAAAACUCCAGCACCCUCAGAGUUUGGUGGUCAUCACUGCACUGUUGUCUUUUGCGAUGGCUUCCAGUACAUUUCAGCCGUUGCAGAAGAUCCUGGACUGUCAUAAGGGCUGUAACUGCAGCCAGUUCAAACACGUACAGAUUGAAAUGCGAUGCAGAGGAUUAAACUUAACAGGGAAGCCAUUGCCAACGCCCCAACAACGGUCCACCACUGUGAAUACAAGAAUUUAUCUGGAGAAUGGAACAAUUCCUGUACUCUCCAACAACACCCUACUGGAGUAUCAUCGGUAUCAGAUUGUCUAUCUCAGUCUGAAAAAUAACACAAUGGUAUACAUAGACAGGAAUACCUUCAGCAGCUUAAAGUAUUUGCAGAUGCUUGACCUGUCAGAGAACUUCAUUGCCAAAGAUGGUCUCAAGGAAUCGUUUCUCGGAAUGGCCAAGACGCCCAUGAAAGAACUGAACAUUAGUUCUAUGAAUCUUACAAAUGUUUCUGAUGAUUUCUUUAAACAUUUAGAAAAUAUUACAAACUUUCGACUUAUAUUUCGAAAUAAUACUAGUGAAUUCCCACUGAAUGCUCUUCAGGGACUAAGGCAAAUGACCAUUCUUGACUUUGGCGGAAAUCGUUUAAAGCGCAUAGAUCUGAGGAACGCCAGCUUUACCACUCUCCAAAGUCUUACAUUUGAUAACAAUCGUUUCUAUGAGUUUCCUAAUUUUUGCAGCAGUAAUACUUUCCCCAGUCUUAAAUACCUGUCUGUUCAGUGGAAUGGUAUGAGAUAUUUAGACAGAAACUAUUACAGCUGUUUAAAGAACCUCACUAGCUUCCACUUAAACGGUAAUCUUUUCCAGAACUAAAGUCAAAUCAAUUUUCGAUGUCGCCAAGCAUCUUCAAAAUCACAUUGUCUUAUGUUGCGUGUGCAAUGCAUACUGUAGAGAGAGCUGUGUUCAAUAAUUCGGCACUGAAACAAAUAUUCUUUCGCAAGAAUCGUAUUUGGUUCAGAGAAGCUGAGAUAGACAUGCGGGUUUUUGAAGGAUGUUCUUCUUUGGAACUUUUGAACCUCAAUGAUAAUGUUUUCCAAGUAACCACAGAAACGGAAUUUAGUAGGUUGCUUGGACACCUCACCACCCUCAAGACUUUGGUUAUGGGUGGUAAUGGCCUACGUUUUAUACCACAAGUAAUAACGUCGAAAUUAACAAAUAUAACGAGUCUUGCUCUGUAUCGGAACUCGAUUUCGGACCUAAAGCCAAACACGUUUGAAAAUAUGACAAGGU